GCGUUACAUUGUAGCAAAAUGGCGGCUGUCAUUCAGAAUCCACUAAAAGCGUUGGGUGACCAGUUUUAUAAGGACGCCAUUGAGCAGUGCCGCAGCUACAAUGCCCGCCUGUGCGCUGAACGCAGUGUCCGCCUGCCAUUCCUGGACUCUCAAACUGGAGUGGCCCAGAACAAUUGCUACAUCUGGAUGGAACGUCACCAACGCAACCCCGGUGUUGCUGCCGGGCAGAUGUACACAUACCCCGCCCGCUGCUGGAGAAAGAAAAGACGGCUGCACAACACCACAGAUCCACGCCUGGGCAUCUAUGGCCUUCAGCUUGAAGGCAGCCUCAUGUCCAGAGAUGGUUUGCCCACCCAGAGCACUACGCUGGAGGCUCUGCUGCGAGGAGGUCUGGACAAGAGGAACAACUCUAAGAAUGAUGAGGAGAGUCUGCUGGAGAUCCAGAGGGUUCUGGAGGCAGAUGCAGCAGAAGAUGCUUAUAAUGAUGACGAUGAUUUUGAGGUAGACACUCCUAAGAGGAGACAUCGGGGCAAGGGAAGAGGUCGCGGUUCAGGCCGCAGGAGGACAGAUCUGGAUAAUGAUAAGCCAUACUUCUGCGACAACAGAUAUAAACAGAAGCAAAACUCAAAACCAUUGACCUCAGUCUGUACAAAGCGAUACAGGAACCGCACAGGACUAAGUUACCACUACACCCAUUCCCACCUGGCAGAGGGGGACAGAGCCGGGGAGAGAAGCACGGUGGCAUCUCGCUCCCCCACUGCACCACAGUCUGACAGACACAAACGUCCAAAGAGUUCUGGUGGAACCAGCAUACCCAACAACUACUGUAAUAAAUGUCAUGGCUCCUACAGGAAAAUGGGUAAAUCGGGAUCUUCCUGCUCCGUAUGUCAAUGCACAACUGACCGUGGAGAGGAAAAAGAAGACGGGACGUCAGCUGGAGCCGAGGAGCUUUUUGGCACCACCUCAGAGAGCGACACUUCCACUUUUCAUGGCUUUGAGGACGACGAGCUGGAAGAACCAGCCACAAACGGCAAUGGCAUAUCCAACCGUUACAGAUAA